UCCAGUUUUGCGGUACAGACACAAAAGAUUUUUCUUAUUAUUUCAUCCUUAGCACUCUGUAGAUAGGCAUAUUUUAUUCAGUUAUCACUGUUAUCCAUUACUUUUCGGCAUGGAUUCACCUAAAAAAGUGACUGUGUUCCUAGAUAAAGCUGCGGUGGUUGUACCCAAUAACAAUGACCGCUACCCACCUAUUCCAUUGCCACCACCUCCUCCAAGAAAUGGAGCCCAGCCCGAGGAUUCGGCUGCAGAAGCUGUACAGCCGCACUUGCUGGAAUCUGGAACGAUUACCCAUGACCUAAUUGUAAAAAGCAUUAUCUUUGAUGAUCAAACUAUUCGCAAGGGCUUUGUGCGCAAAGUCUUUGGAAUUCUCAUGAUCCAACUACUGUUCACUUGUGCAGUAAUGGCUACAUUUGUUUACCACGGGCCCACCAAGCAGUUUGUGCGGGAGAAUAUCGUUGUCUUUUUUUUGGCCAUGAUCGUUAACAUUAUCGUCAUGAUAAUGAUCGUCUGUGUGGAGAGCGUGCGACGCAAGCACCCAGUAAACCUGAUUUGCCUGGCCAUCUUUACCUUCACCAUGUCGCUGCUCCUGGGAGCCGCAGCGAGCCUAAUGGAUUCCAAUGUUGUCCUCUCGGCAGUGGCAAUUACUACGGUGCUGGUCACAGCACUCUGCAUCUACGCCGUGCAAACUAAAUACGAUUACACCGCUGCGGGCGGGGUAGCUAUAACCUUUGUGAUGAUCCUUCUCGUCCUGUCAGUGUGUAGUUUCUGGAUGCCCGGAUUCGUGGAUAGCUUGCCAAUUUCUUGCUUGUGUGCCGUAAUCGGAUGCUUUUUCCUGAUCUACGACAUGCAGUCCAUAGUCGGCGGAAAUCGUGCGGAACAGUUGGAUCCCGAGGAAUAUGUAUUCGCAGCUCUCACUCUGUACGUCGAUGUGGUCCGCAUAUUUAUUUAUGUUCUUCGGAUCGUACAGAAAUUUGCUUAGUGUGGCUAAUGACAGUCACGCUGAAAGUAACCUAUUGCAUUUGUUUGUACUCAUUUACCUCUACAAGAUAUAACCAGCUUCAGCUUUACUAAAAUGUGAAAAAGUGCCAUUUACAAUUGAAGGGCUACCUAUUAACUGAUAUAUA